AUGCCUCCUCUAAGUCUAAAACCAGCGAAAACUAUAGCCAAAUGCAGAAGAAAGAACUACGCGUUCAAGAACGUUCCAAAAGAGUUGCUGACAGAAAUUCUUGCUCGAGUUGGCUCCUCAUCGCUCACUGAUCUCGUUAAUGCCAAAGUAAGUUGCAAGGAGUUUCUUGAGGCAGCAUCAGAAGAUUAUGUCUUUGAGCAUGUCAAAAUGGAUUCCAUCCCUCUCUUUCCCUGGCGGGAUGAACAUUAUGGGUUGUCUUCUUUCUUGGCGAGGUGCACGGAGAGUGGAAAUCCAGAAGCUUUGUUUAGACAGGGAAUGAUGGAUUAUUUUUUCAACUGGCAAAAUGAUUCUGGGCUAAAGUUCUUGGAGAGAGCAGCGAGCAAAGGGCAUCCGGCAGCCACAUAUGUGUAUGGUAUAAUACUUGUGCGCAGUGUUGGUCAUGAACUGAGAAACAAAGGAGUGAAGUUACUCACUGAUUUGAAAAGAUCGACAUCUAGUUUGGGUAUUACAGAAUGUAGAAAGAAAGCGUAUUCGAUUUUGCAGCCAACGUGGGGGAGAAGUUAUAUGAUUGAAAUUGGACCAGCAGAAAGCGAAGUGUACUGGAAGAAGAAAAAAACCUGCAGUGAUUGUAAAUCAAAGGCACUGCGUAAUCCUACUCAGACUAUAAACAGGUGGAUACCUGAUACAGAUUUUCAGGAUGAUCCUUGUUCAUGCGAUUCUUGUUUGUGGGAUCUUGAAGCCAUUAAGUUUUGUAUGAUGCAAAGAACAGGAAGAUACACACUUACAGAGAGCUAG